AUGACAACAGUAUCUUCCAUGAAGUUUGGCCAUGAACAGAUAACGGCGAUAUUCGAAGCUAUUGAACAAAAUGGUGCAUUUGGGGUACAGAAAACAGAUAAGUUUUGGGUGUUCAGUGAGCAAACUGAGAGAUGGGUUGAGGCAAAACUUCCCUAUGAUCUCCUCUCUUGUGUUGACGGUGACUGUAGAAAAGUGGGGUCAAUACUUCAGACGGAGAAGAAGACCACACAAGAAGAGUUGGAGCUUGAAGACAAACUUGAUGAAGAAAAGAUAAGUGAUGAAAAUAAGGAUAGUAAAAUGGAAUCAGAGGCUGUGGUUCUGCCACAGAGGAAGAGAAUUUCCUUGACUAAAAUAUCUGAGAUUUCUGUGUGGGUCACUGGUGAAAGUGGGUCAAUCUAUGAGAGGUUUUGGAAUGGAAUGGAAUGGGUGAUUGUCUCUCAUGAUUUGCCUGUAUCAGCAGGAAGUGCUGUAUCAGUUUUUGUCAUCAAUCAGACGAUUCUUGCUCUAUCAGAAGCAGGGAAAUUAUACCAGAUAAGAGGACAAUAUGGUGAAAGUUCAGAACCAGUUUGGGUUGAAUUCACACCUACUUAUCCUGAGAAAAAUCUUCUGAUAAAGUCUGGAGUUGCUUCGCGUGAUGGACAGAGAGCCUAUUUCUGUACAAAGAAUGAAACACUAGUAGAACUUGCUUGGGUUGAGCCCCCGAGAUGGAUAAAUCAUGGUCAACCAGCUGGAGCAAAUGUAGCAGCAAUAGCUGAUGCUGCUUCAACAAGAGAAGUAGUAUAUACCAUAAGUUCUGCUGGAGAUCUUUACGAAUAUGACAAAAAAUCAAAACCAUCAUGGAAGAGGCACAUAUGGCAAGAUAAAACAUCACAAGCUGCUCCUCUGAUGCCAUCUAAAGGGUGCAGUUUGCCUGGUUCAAGUGAUGAUCAUUCCGAAUCUCUGUUCCUUUUAACAAAGGAAGGCUCUUUGGUAGAGAGAAGGUUCCAUCAAAGGAAGUGGAAAUGGGUAGCUCAUGGAAGACCCCAAGAUCAAAAUUUAACAUCUAUUACACCAGCUCUACAAGAUGAAUCAGCUGAAACAUCCUCCACUUCUUUGUUCUUCACUACAUCAUAUGGGUUUGUCUUUGAAUAUCGAAUUCCAAAACAAUUAGAAGUAUGGAUAAGUCACCAGCAUCCUCUCCAUGCAAGGGCAGCAAGAGGUAUAGCAGGUUUACAAUUGUACAUUGGCAGAAUACUGUUUCCACUAGAUGAUGGAAGACUUGCCGAAUUACAUCCUUUAGGACUAGGUGGUGAAAGUUCAGGACCAUCUCAGCCACAGAACAUCCGAAGGAAAUCAUCAACCAAAUAUGUUUGGUCAAUAGUAGAUGUGCCAGAGAGUGAGGGAUGGAAUGCAGAAUAUUGCACAGAAGAACGUGGCCUCAGGAACUGUCUCACUGGCAUAAAAGAUGAGUCAGAGGAAUCAGUAGUAAGUGCCAUAACAGGUAGGAGAAAGCAAAGCCAAGCACAGAAUCAUUAUUUAUCUGUGAGUACUUCAGGUGUUAGACUGAUUCAAUCUUCGGAAGAAUACAAUCAUGUGCCAGAUAACUGGAUUAGUAGUAACUUUCGCUUGAGAUUGAUGGAUGUAGGGAAGUCAUUUUUCUUAGUAACAGAUGAUGCUACAAUGGAAGCUUAUUCAUGGUUGAUACAUAUGGGAGUCUGCUCCUUAAAGAAAGAAGAGGCAAGGAGUUAG